AUGACUGUUGCUGAGUAUACUAGUAAGUUUAAAGAGUUGUGUCGCUUUUCUCGUAUCUGUCAAGGGGCACCAGAAGAUUUUGCCGAAUGGAAGUGUAUUAAGUAUGAGGGAGGUCUUCGGAGUGAUAUUCUGAGCUUUGUUGCCCCAAUGGAGAUCAGGGUAUUUUCUGAACUAUUGAAUAAGAGUAGAGUAGCUGAAGAUUGUGUGAGAAAGGCGGCAGCAGAGAAAGGGAGUUUGAGGGUGCCUUUUCAGAGACCUUUAGGAAGGAACUUUGCUCCGAGAGGUAGGAAUUUCAAGCGUGAAAGUUCUGUUCUGCAGCAGACUCAGGGUCAAGGUAAUUACAAAAGGAUGAAUACCAAUGUUAAUCAGGGAAGAAGGUUUGGAAAGCAGCCACAGCAGGAUCUGAAUUGUCAGAGGUGCGAAAGGUAUCAUCCUGGAGUUCCGUGCAGAGUAGGACUUGGAGUAUGCUAUUCCUAUGGACAGUCCGGACAUAUGGCCACUAAUUGCCCGAAGAAGAAGAAGUAUGAGACUAGUAGGGUGCAGCAGCCAGGGAGAGUAUACACCAUUUCUACCAUAGGUGCUGAGAAAUCUGAGACACUGAUUAGAGAUUGGUUAUCUAAGAAUCAUGUUUUGCUUGAUUGUUCUGAGAAGUUAGUACAGUUUAUGCCGGAAGGGUCAAAAGCACCGGUUGUGAUGAAUAGUUACUAUUUGAAUUCUAUGAUAGUAAACUGUUCAGGAACUGAAUGUCAGGGUAUUAUGUUAUUAACUGCGGGAGUAUCAGAUGUGUUUCCGGAUGAUAUUAAUGAAUUUCCACCUAACCGAGAGGUUGAAUUUGCAAUUGAGUUGGUACCUGGAUUCGAUCCAAUUUCAAUUACUCCUUAUAGGAUGUCACCUUUAGAAAUGGCUGAACUGAAGGCUUAG